AUGACCAUGCUGUGUUAUAUCAGAGAGAACAUUCAGGUGGGCAUGAUGGUGAAGUGCUGUAGAACGUAUGAGGAAGUGUACGAGGGAGACAUGGGGAAGGUAAUUAAACUGGACAGAGAUGGACUCCAUGACCUGAAUGUCCAGUGUGACUGGCAGCAGAAAGGCGGGACCUACUGGGUCCGCUAUAUACACACUCAACUACUAGGCUUCCCACCACAGACCUCUCCAUCCCACAUUAAGAUCGGGGACAAAGUGAGGGUGAAGGCUACCGUCACGACGCCGAAGUACAAAUGGGGCUCUGUCACUCACAGGAGUGUAGGAGUGGUCAAGGCUUUCAGUGCCAAUGGGAAGGAUGUGAUUCUGGACUUCACUCAGCAGUCUCACUGGACCGGGCUGCUGUCUGAGAUGGAGCUGGUACCCAGUGUUCACCCGGACUGUGAUGGCUGUCAGAUGUUCCCUAUCAACGGCCCCAGGUUCAAAUGUAGACACUGUGACGACUUUGACUUCUGUGAGAGGUGUUUUAAAACACGCCAACACAACACCAGGCACUCUUUUGUACGAGUCAACGAACCAGGCCAGUCUCCAGCGUUCUGUGGGCGCUCGGGGAAGCAGUUGAAGCGUCACCACGGCAACCAGAGGGGCAUGCUGGUAGAUGAGUGGUCCAGAGCCGUCAAAAGCCUCACCGUGUCUUCGUCUGUCAACCAGGCGUCACGCCUCAUCGACUGCAGUGAGCUCUGCUGGCAGUCCUCUGGGUCACAGGGAAAGGUGAGAGGCGCUGGGACCGUAUUCAAACACAUUCACACACUCACCUGA